CAUUGGUGAUACUAGUAUUACUGGUAGUAUUGGUGAUACUGGUAAUGCUGGUGAUAUUGGUGGUGCUGGUAAUACUGGUGAUACUGGUAGUACUGAUGGCGCUGAUAAUACUGGUGAUGCUAGUGAUACUAGUAGCGCUGGUGAUACUG